AUCACGUUGAUCGGUUUUGGAGGCAUGGGGAAGAGUUCCCUUGCCAAAGCUAUCAUUAACGAACCACCUGCCAUAGAGAAGUUUGCUGAUAGGUGCUUCUUUGUGACCUAUGAUGGCCUCGAUCCUUCGACCAUCACCUUUGAGACUUUCACGACUCGUUUUGCGGAAACCCUGGGCAUAGAGCUUGCUGGUGCUAAUCCUAUGCGCCAAAUAUCUACCUUUCUUCGUUCUGCCACUGCCCUCAUUGUCCUUGAUAAUGCUGAAACCUUUGAAGAGGCCAGUGGAUCG